AUGCCUGUUUCUGUGUGCCUUCAUCGGACUAUGCAUUUGGGGACUCUGAUUGGGGUCAAUUCGGAUCGAGACAACAUUCCAUCGCUGCUGAACCAUCUGAUCCCCGCUGGUCAUUGCGCAUGUCAAUCGACUUUGGAUUUUAAAUGCGAUACAUGUCUUUAUUGCUCUGCUGUGGCAACAACUUCUCACCACGAGACAGGGAGGUAUAAUCCUGUCUACGAUGCGCAGAACCUGUCGCUGAGCGACUCUCAAUGUCAGCUGUUUUUCCCCGGCCUGUUCGAAGACAUCACACGGGCUCACAACAUUUGGGACAGUCGAGGUGAUAUCGUAAUUGAGGAUCUGGAGGCCAUUGAGUUAGUUGAGGGUAUGGCCCUCGCUGUGAUCGUCAAUGGUCAGCUGUACGUGAGAGCGGCGCGAGCUCGUAACGGUGACCACUGUCGCAAGAUCUUAGUGAUCCUGAGCUCCAUCUACAAGGCACUCGUCACCAACCCCAUUCAGUCUCGUCCUCCAACGGAGUUCAUUUUCUCGGUAGAAGACAGGCUCGAUGGCGUGGCAGGCCCUGGCCAUUCUCUCUGGAUUUUAGCCAGAAAAGCUAACGAAGAGUCAGUCUGGCUGAUGCCUGACUUUGGUUUUUGGUCCUGGAAUAAUGAUCACACAGAUAGCCCAAUUGGACCAUACAGUCUGGUAGUGGGCCGGAUUCGCCGCCAGGAGGAAAAGGAAGCACCCUGGAACGAGAAAAAAUCGAAACUUCUGUGGAGAGGCAAGCUAAGUUUUGCAGCAAAGAUGCGACGAGGAUUGCUAGAGGCAGCGAAGAAUCAGCCUUGGGGAGAUGUCAAGGAGCUGGACUGGGGGAGGAAGGACGAUUUCAUGGCCAUGAUGGAUCAUUGCCGUUAUCGGCUGAUUGCUGAUGUCGAAGAGCGCGACUUUUUAGAUUUACCGGAUAAAGUGCAAACCUUGCUGGAAGAUCCAGCACUGGCAGAGCGGACCAACAAUAGCGUAGCCACCUUUCGCGAUCAUUAUUUGACGCCGGCUGCGGAGGCUUGCUACUGGCGUUCCCUGCGGGGCGGAUGGACGUCAGUAUCGUCCAAUGUUGGAUACUCUCUCAUCGGCUAUGCACUGGCGCGGUUCAAACAGCCACUGGGCCAAGACUACUUUCGAUUCAUCGAGAAUGAGAAUAUCAGCCUGGCGAAGGAAAUUGCGGCAGAGCUUGUUUCUCAAGAAGAUUCUUCUGGUGUACUGGACAUGAAUGACUGGGCUACCAUCACAUUGGACAUGUUCGGCAUUGCCGGAUUAGGUCAGGAUUUUAAAACGCAAGCGAAGUCAGGGCAUGCUAUUGAGGAGAUUUUGCUGGGGUUCGAUGCAGGGGAGCAGACAACAGGCUAUGAAAUAGUAGCUGCUACAUUCAGCUGGACUAUCUACCUCCUCGCUACCAAUCCGCACAUCCAAUCUCGUCUCCAACCCGAGAUCCGCUCCUACAUAUCUCCCGAACUAUGGGCUACAAAGGGCCCCGAGCUCGCCAACCGACAGGAAACCCUCCCUCUUCUCAACGCGUAUGCAACGAAAACAUCCGCCUAUAAUUGUCUUUCCCUAUCACCACACGAGUUGCAACACAGGAUAUCUCGGUCCUCAACUUCUCCCCAUCUAUGGGGACCGACAGCUGAGCAAUUUAUCCCUGAUCGCUGGAUCGACCAGACCACGGGAAAAAUUGAUGAGGGCGGUGCGGAGAGCAUUUAUUGCAGCCUGGCGUUUUUGCACGACCGCAUAGAUGUAUGGGACCGGGAUAUGCCCCAGCAGAACUAA